UGUCCGGUCGUUUUCGUUUACGAUGUUGGCACCGACUGGCCCACGGUCAGUUGCCUCAUCAAUGACCACUCGUCGGUCUGCAAGGGCGGGUUUUAUGGGCUCAGCCAUUCACCUCCCCGCUGCGACACACACGACGCACAACAAACGCUCAGCCCUCCGCAGCUCGCUCCUGAGAGCUCGGGGGUCAAUAACAGUAAUCGCAAUGACAAAGUCAUCGCGGGCGGUAGCAAACGGAGAAAAAAGGAGGAUCAAAGAAAACAGGAGCUCGAGAACGACGAGUACACCGAGGAUGUACAACCCAUAUCCGUCAGGUGCCGCGGAUGUCAGAAGGCCAUCAGCCUCGACAAGCGCUCCAGGUACUAUCCUGGACUAUGGAUCAAGCACAGGGGUAAAUGCCCGGGCAUCCUCAAGAUAGAG